AUGCCUUGCAGACCGGAUGUCAGCAGCAGCUGUUGCUUCCCACUGCACUUGAAUGAGGACAAUGCUCGCUUUGGCCUGUUGGCAGCGCUCAUCCUGAUGUACCUGUUCUGUGGGGCACUGGUGUUCUCUGCCCUCGAGCGCCCUUCCGAGCUGCGGGCACACCAGCGCUGGGAGGAACAGCUGGAUAACUUCACCCAGCAGCACAGGUUGAGUGUGGAGAGCCUGCAGGCUUUGCUAAGGCACUAUGAGGAGGCCUUCGUCACGGGCAUCCGUGUGGAUGCUCUGAGACCUCGCUGGGACUUCUCCGGGGCUUUCUACUUUGUUGGUACUGUGGUUUCCACAAUAGGUUUUGGCAUGACCACACCUAUGACGAUAGGUGGCAAAGUGUUUUUGAUAUUCUAUGGACUUAUUGGUUGUGCAGCAACCAUCCUGUUUUUUAACCUUUUCCUGGAGCGCAUCAUCACCAUGUUGGCAUACAUCAUGCGCUGGUGUCAUGAGAGGCAGCUGCGGCGUGCUGGCAUGGGUGGAGAGGAGGCUCACAGUGAGGAUGACAGCCUAGAAGGCUGGAAGCCCUCUGUCUAUUAUGUGAUGCUCAUUUUGGGGGUUGCAGCACUGCUAAUUGCUUGCUGUGCCUCAGCACUGUACUCAUCUAUGGAAGACUGGGAUUACUUUGACUCUCUUUAUUUCUGCUUCGUGGCCUUCAGCACAAUUGGCUUUGGAGACUUAGUGAGUAGCCAGAGGGAGAGCUACAAGGCACAAGAGGCUUACCGACUUGGGAACUGUCUUUUUAUUCUUAUGGGUGUCUGCUGCAUCUACUCACUUUUUAAUGUAAUUUCCAUCAUCAUAAAGCAGACCCUAAACUGGAUCCUGGCUAAGCUGGACUGCAGCAGGUUGCAGUGUCCCUGCCGAGGAUGCACCUACAGAAGACAAGGCUCAGCAUGCUGCUGUUGCUGCUUUCCCAGCCAGCGGCACAGCCAGCACCCCAUAACUGGAAACGCCCGGCAGAGAGCACAGAAGCGCAAUGCUGUACACCCAGCCCCCGCCAAUGAGGCUGCGCGAAAGCAGCGCUUCACUAAUGCAUCAGUGGAAACAGUGUGCGAUAGUGAGACUGAUCCUGGCCUGGGGCCAGAUGGAGGUUAUCUCACAGGGCACAGACUCUCAGGAGAAAUGAUCUCUGUCAAUGACUUUAUGGCCAACAAGGUUUCUCUGGCCAUUCUGCAGAAGCAGCUCUCAGAGACCGCUCAUGGAAACCCAAGACAGAGCCAUGUUCGGCAGAAUGGCUUUUCUGUUGGAGUGGGAGCCUUCGCUAUCAUGAAUAACCGCCUACAAGAGACGAGUGUCGACAGGUAG